AUGCGCCUGAAAGUAUAUUCUGGAUGCUGGGAUGCAGCGAGAUUGGAUGAAGAAAUAAAACUGUACCAUGUGCGCACCGCACCCAAAAUUUACGACAAGAUUGUCAACCUCAGUGGAUUUUUCAUCAAACUUGGCCAGAGACUAUCUCUGAGUCGAGGUGUGGUCCCAGAGCCCUAUGUUGUCGCAUUUAGACCACUCACUGAACACGUCAAGCCACGGCCAUUCGAGGUUGUUGAAGAUGUUUUCAGGGGUGCAACUGGGCAACCCAUGGUAGACGCCUUUGAAUUUGUCGAUCAUCAGGCACUCGGCUCUGCAAGCCUUGGGCAAACACACAGAGCAAGAUUGCGUGCGAAAUUCAGUGAAACUUGCGACAAUGUGGUAGUGAAGAUCCAAUAUCCUGAAGUGGAUGAAACUUUU